AAGAAGAUGCUUAGGAUAUCUAGAUGUGAUUUACUUUAGUAGUUUGGUGGGAUCUUAUAUAAGAUGCACAAUUUGAUUUUGUCCCCGCAGGCUCUCCACCAAUAAAAGCAUGCCACAUAAAGAAAUCUGCAUGAUUGGCUUAUUAGGUUGCAAGCUCAUUGACCAGAGCCUUUGUUGGCCCCACUGGAACACUCAAAUCGACUUGGCAUGGCCCUACAGCUGAGAAACACGAGGAAGUAACUAAAGCCUUAGACUUUUUUUACACGUCCGAAGAACUAGCAACAGUGAAAUGGCAAGCAUGAAGCGGGAGUCUCGUGGGGGUCAUCAGUCGGAGCUGCAUCACGCUGCAGGUGACACACCAGGGUCACGCUACCACACGGCUCAGAACACACCGGACGUGCAGUGGGAUAACAGUCAGAAUCAGCAGCAAGGAGUUCCGGCGGAGACGGUUGCAGCAGCGUUGAAGAGGGAGACGUCGACGGUGGUGAGGACGACGGAGCUAGGGUUGAGAAUGAGCGAGGUGGUGUUAUGUCUAGUCUCUGCUUCGAUAAUGGCCACGGACAGGAGCCAAGGUUGGGCUGGUGACUCCUUCUAUCGCUACAAGGAAUACAGGUAUUGUUUAGGAGUGAAUGUGAUAGGGUGUGUAUACUCAGGAUUUCAAGCUUGCGAGAAGGCGUAUCAACUCGUGUCUGCUAAAAACAAAAGCUUCUUCAAUCCCAAUCUCCGCUCUCAUUUUGAUUAUCUCAUGGAUCAGGUGGUGGCGUAUCUGUUGGUAUCGGCAUCAUCAAGCGCAGUGACGAGGGUGAAGGACUGGGAAUCAAACUGGGGCAAAGACGACUUCACAGAGAAGGCGAGUGCUUCCAUUGCAGUGGCCUUUCUGGCUUUCGUUGCCUUCGCAAUAAGCUCCCUCAUUUCCUUCUUCAAGCUGGGAGCUUCCAACUCAUCUUCCACUUGAUCCAUCCUUUCUUUUGCUACUUUUUCGCCCCUCGCUUUAUAAUUUCCGCCUUCUUGGACCUGCUUUUUCUGUUCAUUAUUAUUCUAAUUUUACUGUCGUAGUUUCUGUACAGACGGAAAGUGAAUGCAGCACAUCAUUUGAGUGUUAAUUAGUGGAUGAGUCUUUUUAACCAGUGGAAGGUGGGACCACAUGAUCUCAGAAUUCCAACACUUAUGGUCUCUCUGCUACGUUGCUUCCCACUAUCACCCAAUCUUCCUUCCUUUUUGCCUACAAUCGUUAGUUUUUCCUGCGUUGUUCAUGUAUGCAUAGAAGCCUCCGCGACUUCGAAAGAUUUUUUUUGGCAAGAGCUGAGACGCGGGAAUUUGUUGGGCCUGAGAGAAUUGGCAGUGAUAAUCCAAAAUUACUCUUCGGCCCACGUACGAAUAGGUUAGCCCAACCUAAUUGUUUUCAUCAAUACGCAAAGUUGGCUGGAUAAUAUUUGUAAAAUAUGUGUCUAUAUAAGUCAGAGCCCAGGCCAUUCUGAUUAA